AUGCUUACAGAGCAUCAACAAGAUUCCAAAGGCGGUAUAGGUGGAAGAGGUGGCCACCAUGGAAAACCAACGACUACACCGACGGACGAAGCAGGUCCUCACACCAGCAGGUCCUCACACCAGCAGGUCACACUAGCAGUCCCUCACACUAGCAGGUCCUCACACCACUGGGUCCUCACACCAGCAGGUCCUCCAGCAGGUCCUCACACCAGCAGGUCCACACCAGCAGGUCCCUCACCAGCAGGUCCUCACACCCAGCAGGUCCUCACACCAGCAGGUCCUCACACAUGUCUCUCCAGAAGAAUUCAGGUCCGGGUGUCAGCCGCCUCCACCCUCACACCAGCCGCCACCUCCAACAUUCACACCAGAGCGCCACCUCCAUCACUCCACCAGCCGCCACCCGCCACCUCCAACAUUCACACCAGAGCGCCACCUCCACCACUCACACCAACCGCCACCUCCAACAUUCGCACCAGAGCGCCACCUCCACCACUCACACCAGCCGCUACCUCCAACAUUACACCAGGCGCCACCUCCACCCUCACCAGACGCCACCUCCAACAUUCACACCAGGCGCCACCUCCACCCUCACACCAGCCGCCACCUCCAACCAUUCACACCAGAGAUCGGCAUCAUGCCCGAGACACCCACCGGGGUACAGUUCAUAGUCGGUCUGGCACACUUCGGAAGCAUCCUGCUGAUGCCUCGCAGACGAUAUCGCCGGUGUCAGACGAAGAUCUUUUUGGAGACUGGAAAGACAGGAACUACGUGGAGGACGACGACCACCAGCAACUGGAUGAUGACGAGGCGAAGGACACUUUUGGUGAUGCUGAGGCUGCACCAACGAUCACCAUUAGAACAACUAUACACUUCGGCAAACAUUUCCAGGCAAGCCACAUGUGA